AUCCUUCACAUGAAUCCACCUGCCAUUUUUUGCUCUCUCUGUCAGACAGUCUGUGCUCUCUCCCUCUCUCCGCCAACCUUCCACACACAGAUUUGUCUGCACCUAUGUCUAAAAUUCCACUAAUUUUGCAGUCCCAAUCAAGAUUUUGUUUCACCACUUCCUCAUAAACUCCAAGUUCACAUUUUUCAGAUUUCCCAAAUCAGACAAUUCUAAAAACCACUUUGAUUUCCCAGAUCCUCCAACCCUUGCUGCUUCUUCACAACCAUGAUUAAUUAAUCAAUUGAGAAAUGGAGCACAAGCUUAAAAUCAUACUGCUCGCAGCUCUAACCCCAUUGCCACUCUUAGCCAUUAUUCUCCUCUCCAUAAUUUUGUGUUUUCGAAGAAGAGAUUCGAAAAAUGAUGAUGCAGAAUUGGAUUUGGAGGGCAAGGGGGUAGAUGGGGCGUUGAAGUUGAAUGCAGAGGAACUGGUGAAAUUUGAAGGCGGUGAAGAUCUUAGUGUGGUGGAGAUUCUUGAGGCGCCUGGGGAAGUUAUUGGGAAGUCGAGUUAUGGGACUUUGUACAAAGCCAAUUUGGUUAAUUUGAAUUGUGUGACAUUGCUUAGAUUCUUGAGGCCUACUUGUACAUUGAGGAUGGAAGAGGUUUUGCCUGCUAUUGAGCUGCUGGGCUCGGUUAGGCACCCCAAUUUGGUGCCUCUCAAUGCCUUUUAUGCAGGUCCCAGAGGGGAGAAAUUGAUGGUUCUUCCCUUUUACACCUCUGGAAAUUUGGCUCAGUUCAUUAAAGAUGGAAAUGGGGAGGCUUAUAAAUGGCCUACCAUAUGCAGAAUAUCCAUUGGUAUUGCUAGAGGGCUUCACCAUCUCCAUACAGGUUUGGAGAAACCGAUAGUCCAUGGUAACCUCAAGUCGAAGAACAUACUAUUGGGUGCGGAAUAUCACCCGUAUGUCUCAGAUUUUGGGGUGCGUCUGUUGUUGAGUCCGAGUACAGGGCAACAAAUGGUUGAAGCGUCCGGAUUUGAGGGUUAUAAAGCCCCCGAGCUGAUUAAAAUGAAGGACGCCUGCGAGGAGAGUGAUAUCUACAGCUUAGGGAUCAUAUUUCUAGAAUUACUAUCUGGGAAACAGGCGGUCGAUGGGAAGGAUCAAGAUUCGCAUCUGCCAAGUGCCAUGACUAGUGCAGAUUUGCAUCACCCGGGGAUUCUUGUUGGUCUUAAGAACGAUGAGAGGGUAGUCGCCGAAGAUGGUAUGCUCAGAUAUUUCCAGCUUGCAACCGCGUGUUGCUCGCCAUCCCGACGACGCCGGCCUAAUAUAAAGCAAAUCCUGGAUAAGCUUCAAGACAUUGCAAAGUGAAAAUCAUGGAUGUGAUGAAAGAGUCAAGGCAAAAGAGUGCCAAGUCAAAGAAUGAUUUUUGAACAUGGGAAACACUAACUUAGGUUGUGAUGAAGGUCUCAUUCACCCAAGCACGUUUUGAUCAUGAAAAGGAUGACUUGUCAAAGCAAAGGAGACUGAGUUUUGCCAAAGGUGAGACCAUUUUCUCAAAUCAUACCAUAGGGAGAAAAGGGAAAAGUAAAGAAAAAUUAUGUCCAAGUAAGGUAAAAAAAACCCAAAGUUUCUGGCUGCCGCUUAGAAGAAUUGCAUCGUGGUUGUCGAUGGUUAUUUCUGCAGUGGCCAAAGAGAUGCCGGAGUCAUAGCCGGUGGGUUGUAUUCGAUAUUUGGUUCUGUAACUUUAGUCUACUUCAUUAACCAUUCUUCUGCUAUAAUUUUUUGUAAGGUGCAAUGCUAUUGUUUUGUA